GGCCUAAAGCUAGCCUCUUUAUAAGUGCAAGGAAUAGUACCACCAUUGUGAUAUACCCACCUAUAAUAUAACACUCGAUCUCACAAUUGAAUUAUGUCGACUUCGCAUUCUGACGUUCAUCCUUCCGCCAUUGGCUCAAAUGUUCAGCCCACGACCGCACCAAAUGAAACAGGUGCAGCACCAAACCAAGCGUAUGAAGGGUACCCAGAGCAGCGACAUGCAGGGGCUUUAGGCAUUGGGCCCAACUACGGUGAUCAAGUCCGCGUUGGUGAAAAAAUAACUGGAUUGAAAGAAGAGGCAAAAGGAAAGCUCACGAACAACUCCGACCUUGUUGAGCGUGGUCGUAAACGCAGAACUGGUGAAUUAAAGAGCCAGGAGAAGGAAGCAAAGGAUGAGGAUCCAUUCACUACACCAGAAGAAAAGGAAGAACAACGUCAAGCUACGCAGGGGAGUACGGAAUCCGGAGGUCACAGUAGCAGCUUGAAAGAGAAAGGUGAAAAGGAGCAGGCAGCGACGAUUUCUCCAGAAGGAACUGAACAGGCCCAACAUCAGCGGGAGGGAGGAAAUACUGAAAACAUGAAAUAUAUGUCAGGAAAGUCUUAAGCAAAGCGUGUAUUUGAGCAACCCAAGUUUGUUGUAUCAUGAUAUUUUACAUCACUUAACUCUUAUUAUGAUAUAUCUUGUUUCUGAUCGUGAUAACACAAAGUGAAUCAGAGCAUUCCACGCAAUAUCUAGUAUUUGUUACAAUC